ACUCUCUCCACCGACCGACACUCCUCCACACGCGCGCGCGACCAUCUCGCAAUCCGUGCUCCUUUGCUGCCCCAGAUAUCCAGACAGCAACUAACGUAUCGGUGCCAUCAUCUGACCCGCGACUGCUCCAACCUCGGGCCAAAUACAGACAGACAACCACACGAGGCCCGCCUCUAUUUCUGCCAUUGGCCAUGAUCGAGUAUUCUUUGCUGGUCUGACGACCCGACCCCAGAGCAGCCAACCCCGAGUCGUUAUGUCGUUGAUCCCGUACCACCCGCGAGAAGGUCGCGAGAUUGUUCUUCGGCACCGCAACGCCAUCGUCGUUCGCGACCCAUUCUCCCAGCGACUCGAGAUUCGAGGCUUGUCCGAGUGCCCGACUUGCCGCCAGCCCCUGCGAUCAUCUUCUCCAGAGCGCCAGUUUGACAGUGCUCGCCAUCAUGAGUCCUUCGUCGACCCCAACUACUUCCGCAUGCUACGAGCUGGCGGCCAGGCCGCGAGAGCCGACCAUCCUCCGUCCAGCCCCAUCCGCCGAUUUGUGCAACCGAGCUUACCCCACCCACAGCCUGCCGUCAUAGAGGAUGCCGAAGACGCCGAGUUCGUUUCGAGUACACCAGCUAUCCAGGAGGGUAGUCGCAUUCGCCGCGAGGCCUUCAGCCCCAAUUAUUUCAAGACCUUCUUUGUCGAGGAGAAAGAGCUUGGUCGCGGGGGCAAGGGUGUUGUGCUACUUGUCCGUCAUGAAAUCGAUGGCUGCCAUCUCGGUCACUUUGCGUGUAAGCGAGUGCCUGUAGGCGACGACCACGCAUGGCUCGAAAAAGUGCUCGUCGAAGUCGAGUUGCUCGCCAAACUGUCCCACCCAAACCUGGUCUCCUAUCGCCACGUUUGGCUCGAGGAUGUCAGAUUGACUCGGUUUGGCCCGAGUGUGGCAUGCGCCUUUAUCCUGCAGCAAUAUUGCAAUAGCGGCGACUUGCUUCAGUACAUCAAUGGUGAUCGGCCCAAGGAAUCCACCAAAGAGCAGCUCAAAGCGCAAAUGCGCCGCAAGUCCAAGGGCCAGCUCGAGCUACCUCGCGACCAGUUUGCUUCACAGAGGCUGUUGUCCUUUGAGGAGAUAUUCUCUAUCUUUAAAGACAUCACCUCUGGACUUGCCUAUCUCCACGCUGCCAGUUACAUCCAUCGCGACCUCAAGCCAAGCAACUGUCUUCUGCAUCGUGAAGGUAAUGGGCUGCUCUGCCUCAUCAGUGACUUCGGCGAGGUCCAGUCUGAAAACAUGGUCCGCAAGUCAACCGGAUCAACCGGGACCAUUUCCUUCUGUGCACCAGAGGUUUUGAAGAAAGACUCGACGGGUCGAUACGGCAACUUCACCGUCAAGUCUGACAUCUUCUCCCUUGGAAUGAUCCUUUACUUCAUGUGCUUUGGCCGUUUGCCCUACCGCAGCGCCAACACGAUCAACGAAGAAUUGGAAGAUAUCGACGAGCUGCGCGCGGAAAUCAGCGACUGGCAGGGCUUCCAAGACGAACGUAGAGAGCGUCCAGAUCUUCCAUCAAAGCUCUACCAGCUUCUCAAGAAGUUGCUCGCCCUUGACCCCUCACAGCGCCCGAGCGCAAGUGAGGUCCUGGCCGCUAUGAAGACGGAGUCAAGUCUCGAUGGUGUUCCCCGAGGUAGGAGCUCGAGCCCGCCAAUCGGCCUCAGCGGACGCCGGAUCCAGAGCCUGGACUCUCCAACGCCUUUGAGCACACCCGUCCCAGAUCCCCACAAGUACGCGAGGUAUCCGUCAUCUCAAGAAGGAUACAACAUUCCCAGUAAGGCCGCUGAUGACGACCCUCCGCACGCCAGCUCGCUGAGGCAAUCCGACUCGGGCUCACCGGGGCUCAGGCCCCAAGCUCAGACCAUGGUCUCGUCACGAAGUCAGGAUAGCUUCAUCCGCCUGUCCCCAGAGCGGGAAGAGAGUGUGGAUUCCGGCAAAGACGCGCCUCUGAACUCCCCGCCACUGUUGAUGCCGCCUACUGCGACACGCUUCGAAGCCUUGCAGCACAAACUUAUGAUAGGAAGCAUGCGGGCCAGCCAGCUUAUACGUUACAACGCCGGUCCCCUCCUAGCGGUCCUCCGUCUCGGUUUGUUCCUGAGCAAAAUGCUCAGCUUGACACGCCCCUGUUGGCCUUUCAUGGCGAGUCCGAACAUAGCAGCCCCUCUGGUGAUACUGGCCGCGCUCGAUCUUGGUCUUGCCAGUGCCGGUGCAAGGCCGCUCGCUCGAUAUGGGCAAGAGACCGGUAGACGCAUGUCCAACGGCUUACCAUGGGCCUGGGGCUUGCGAGGUAGUGUCGUUCUUGUCAUUCUCCACAUGAUUGUUCUUUGGGUCGGCAGUCGCUGGAACUCUUUGUGCAUGUCAAGGCCCAAUACUUGGCAUAUGUAAUGAUCUCGGCCCUCGGUAACAAGAGGAUGCAUUGGCAGUUCCCCCAUUGCAUUGAGCAUGGGAAAGAAGUCGACUUUGGCGUUGGCUGGGCGCACCAGCCGCUGGAAAUUGCUUGCUCAUGUUGAAUUUAUAUCAGGGAAAAGUCGAUGAGUGUCGACGGAGAAAACUCGCUGGGGGCGGGGGGCAUUAUGAACAUUGCUCUGUCUCGAACAAUUUUGUAUUUCUUGUAGUGCUAGUUAUACGGGUGUACUUUCUUUGGGGCAUUCGCUCUAUCGUACAGAGGCGGCCAAAACUUUGUAAAAGUAUAUGGUUCUUGACAUCAAAUUCGUAAGUAUCAGCCAGUGUAUGUUAGGUAGGCGGCGUUCUCGGACCCCAA